UAGGGACUUUUUUUUCACUGGCUGGGUUACCGACUUGUAGGCCUAGAGAAGAAUUUCAGUUGCUUGCUGUCAGUAUGUCUCAAUAUGUUAACAAAAACAAUAGAGGGAAUAUAAGGGUGAAAACUUGUGUACCCAACAGUUAGAUUACUAUGACAGCUCGUAGGCGUCGUAAGUUACGUACAUAGAUAAGAAAGUUACAACAAGAACAACCAACACACUGUGCUGACACAUGAUUUGAAACACCGGUAACGAAAGACGAUUUGCAUUAUGCCCAUUGACAUUGCUCUGUGGAUUAGCAUGAUGUAUUAUUCAGUAAACAUAUACUGGUAAAAUGUUAAAAAUGUUAUUUAAUAAUAAUUUAAGUGCCCAGUGAACCCAAGACUAGAAUAUAAUGUUAAUAAAUUGAUGUAUUUUAAUUUUUAUUAACACAUUGAGGUAGGACCUUUGAAGGCAGAUUUCGGUUUCACUUAUUUGUAACUGCAGUUUGUACUGACUUAUCCAUAGUUUCCUCUUCAGAUUCCAGAUACUUAAUCAAGUGUUGUGGUCACCUGGGUUGAAGAGCAAACAUGAAAGUUAAAUUUUUAAAAGUUAAGAUAAAAUGAUGAUUGAUAAUUAAUUCCUUGUGCAAAACUUACAUCACCAACAUUUACUUAUGGUAAAAAAUUCCAGGUUUCUUGCAAGCAAUGAUGCUACUACUAGUUUUACUUUCUGGUGUAACUAUAGUAUAAACUGCAAAUUUACUGUAAAAAAAAAAUGAAUGGCUGUCAUUAAACUCACUGAGCUUCUGAUUUUUUAGUUACCUGGAGGCUUACACGUUACAUGGCGAACUCAUGUCACGCCCUGCAUGAGUGCCAGCUUUGUCAGCCAAUAAAAAUUAACACGAUUAAAGCAGUGUAAAGGUGAAUGUAAUGGUGGUAUCUAAAAAAUACUCAAUAUAUUGAACUCAAGUUUUGCAUACGUAUUAAAGUAAAUGUUAAAGGUAGUAUCUGAAAGUGUACUUUUAUACAUGUAGGCCUGUUAAUCUGAAGUCAUUUAUGUCUCUCCUACAGCAGAGCGCAGAGAAAUCACAGAAUAAAUAUGUAAAUUUUUUACUGUCAUUCCAGCAAUUUUUAUUUUUUUAUAGCAAAUUAAGUCAUACCUUACAAGUCAGAUAUAUAUUAUGAACACUAAAUCUUAUGCUUCAACCUUGUUUUUAAAGUUCCCUAAUAUAUGACGAACACACAACACACUCUUUCCUGAUUUUCAACUGUCUGUCUCGUGCGUAAUGUUACAGUUGCUGAAGAACAUUAUGUUGUCUUCCAUAUCUUCAUGGCUUAUAAGUCUGUAUUUCGCAUAUGGUAAAAUUUUUUAGCUGUCAAACUUGUUUCCUGAACCUACAAGAUUUACCACCAUUGUAUAUGUGGGAAUUUGGUGAGAUUGGCAUAAACAACAAUCAAAUAAGUAAAUAUAAACUUGUCAAUCUGCCACAAUGCCUUUGCCUUUAAACCUUUACAUGGGUAGAAAAUACUGUAUAUACUCCACAUUCUGUUUCAGGAUUGCGGCCAUACAUUUGAACUCCUUUGAAAAGAUAUUAGAUAUGUAGUGUCUGUAGGCCUCGUGGGGUCUGUCAUGAGGCAACAAGUGGUCAUGUUCUUUUUGCUGCAGUUAUAUAAACUUAGCACCCAUCAAACACCCAGCACCUUACUGACCUAACCAUAGGAGAACCUGUUAUGGCAUCAAGUCUCGACCCCAUCCUGCAGACUGACUGGUAACCAUAUGCAGGGUGAAGAAUUUGUGACAAAAGGUGAGGAGACAGAACAGUUAGAAGAAGAUCCCAACAUUGUGGAUUACCAGGAAACGGGGGAUUUAAUGGAUGAAGAAUACACAGGAGGUUGUGAGGAAGUCUGUGGCGAGGAUGGGGUGGAGUGUGAGGCAUACAAGCAGAUGGAGGAGGAGGAGGGUGCCCAAUGGGAGGGGCAGCAGGAUACAGGGAGGCUUUUUCAUCAUAUUUACAUUUCAGAUGUGCAAGGGGAUGACUAUCUCAGGGGAUCUUGUGAAGACCCUACUGGUGUGCUGAGAUGAGAGUGUGUGACCAGGAAGACAGGGACAAAGUCCUUGCGCUCAACAGACAGACAGUGGCUGGUUGUAGUAUCAAGUUUGAGGUUGAUGAAGAGGCCUCUGACCAAAAACGAACGCCCACUGUAGGAGUAGUAAAGCCUGGAGAGGUGUAUGUGGUGAAGGCUGAAGGAUUGUCUGCUGAGGCCAUUGUCAAAGACUUCCAGAAACUGUUUCCCACUGUGAAGGAAGUCCGGCUACCAAUAGCACAGGCUGGAAAGAAGAGGAUCACACUGCUGGAUUUUGGUGCAAAGGAAGAAGCAGGGAAAAUUGUAUCAAUAAAGCAAGGGAUAAUAUUACACAAACAGCCAUUAAAGUUGGAAGUUCAGAAGUCUUUGAUGCCUGGCUCUGCUUUACCCUCAUAGAUUUCAGCAGAUACAACUACUGCAGAUGAUAACAAGAAAGUCCUGUUUGUGGAAAACCUUCUGUAUGAAACUACGGAACAAACACUGAAGAAGUACUUUGACACUUGUGUGAAAGUCAGACUUCUGAAGCUUAGAGAUAAAGAAAGAUCCAAAGGAAUAGGAUUUGUUCACUUCAAAACAGCAGCCUAUGCACUUCAAGCUUUUAUAGAUAAAAAGGGACACUCAACUUGAAGGGCGUAGAAUUUUACUUCAGUUUGCAGAUGGUGAAAGACGUACUGCAGAGAGGAUUACAGAAAUAAGCCAGCCCUAUUACACUCCCGACAGGGACGGCCCUUCUGGCAGUAGGUGGUACAGUAGGCGGGAAGUGGAAGAAGGCAUGUCAUUCACCAAAGAAACUGGCAGCACCGGUAGCCGUGGCAGAGGUAGAGGACUGGUGUACGGAAAAGAAGACCUGGGAAGAGGGGUGGGCAGUGAAAGGAGAAUUACAGGAAGAGGAGCAAGUUAUGAAAAAGGCUCUACUUAUGGACAGGGGGCUGUGGGAAGAGGCACUGAUUAUGGAAUUGGAACCAUUGGAAGAGGCACUAGUUUUGGACAGAGAUCCAUGGGAAGAGGCACUAGGUAUGGAGUUAGAACCAUGGGAAGAGACACUAAUUUUGGACAGAAGGUCAUGGGAAGAGGUACUAAUUAUAGACAAGAAACCAUGAAACAGAGAAACAGAAGCUGGCUAUGGACCAGGACUCCUUUGUGAAGGUGCUGGUUUUGGACAUGGAUCAGGAGACAGACAUACAUGUAACUCAAAAGACUAUUCCAUGGGACUGAUAUCUGGAAGUGAGUUUUACUCAGGCAUGAUGAAGAGAGAUAGGGACCUACUUUCUGGUGAGGAUUUGUACAGCUAUGAUGUGCGAGGAGAGCUGGGCUUGGAUCUGCAAGAGGAAUUAAAAAGAACAAGGCGAUAAGAAAGGAAACUGGCACUUGCCAUAGAGCAAAAAAACCAGUCAGAGGGCAAUGGUGAGAAGCGAGUUUGAAUCAGAUAUGGAGAAUUUGAUGGAAGAUUUACCGACAGUCCAUACUUAUGGUGAGUUUAAAAGGUCACUUGAAUGUAAUGCUAUGUCAGCUCGUGUACAUGAACACUGUAGAUAAAUUCACUCUUCUGAACACAGAACAGCACAAGGUCAUUUACAAGUCACUGCAUUUUGUCUUUGAUGGAAGGGUUGCAGUAGUUAUACCACUUUUUCCUGGAGACAAAAAUACGGCCGAUAUAAAAAUUUUAGCCACGUUUUAGCUUUCUCCUCGGCAAAAGUCAACAUAAGAAUUUAUUCGUUCUGCUCAAGACAGUCUGUAAUAUUUGCUAUUGAAAUUCCCUGUAAAUUCCUGAAUAAAACUUUUACA